UGUCUCCAGCCUUCCCCCCUCUAGGUUUCAAGCAGCCGCAUCUAGGAGCGCUUUGUGGAACAAGUAGCCAGGCGCAACCUUCGGGCCUCACACUUGAAUUCUUUUGUUAUGCCUGAGUAACUGCCAGUCAGGCACAUUUGGCGCUGGAAACCCGUUUCCUCCGGCUCUGGAUGUGGAGUCUCAUUUGAGAGAGUUUCAAAAGAGACCUGAAUGUUGAGGGAGGACAACAAGGCAAGGCAUUACCCACACAGAGCUUGCAGAUCAGAAUGUCAUGGACAUCAAAUAGUUUGGAUACCGUGUUUCUCUAGUAUUUCUCCAGUAUUUCAGCAUUAAUAAUGGAUAAGUGUAAGCACAUAGGGCGACUACGGCUUGCCCAAGACCAUUCCAUCCUGAACCCUCAGAAGUGGCAUUGCGUGGACUGCAAUACUACAGAAUCAGUUUGGGCAUGCCUUAGCUGUUCACAUGUUGCAUGUGGAAGAUACAUUGAAGAGCAUGCACUAAAGCACUUUCAGGAAAGUAGUCAUCCAGUGGCAUUGGAAGUGAAUGAGCUGUAUGUUUUUUGUUACCUUUGUGAUGACUAUGUUCUUAAUGAUAAUGCAACUGGUGACUUAAAACUAUUGCGAAGUACAUUAAGUGCAAUUAAGAGUCAAAACUAUGACUGCACUACCCGUAGUGGCAGGACUUUGCGAUCUAUGGGUACGAGUGAUGACUCUUACCUUUCACACAAUGGUGCCCAAGCCUUGCUUCGGAAUGAAGACCGUAUGUUCACAGCUCUGUGGCACAGAAGGCGUGCAUUAAUGGGCAAAGUGUUUAGAUCAUGGUUUGAGCUAACACCUAGUGGGAAAAAGAGUUUGGAAGAAGAGAGGCUCCAGGAAGAAGCAGAGGAAAGAAGGGAUAAAGCUAGGAAAAGGAGACAAGAGCGAAAGCGUCAGCUGAAAGUAGAGAUGGAAAAAAUGCCUCCAAGGAAGAGUUCUCGUUUACAACAUCAAAAUAAAAUAUCCUCAAAAGUAUCAUCCUGGGUACAAAAAUCACCACAAAAUUUGUCCUCUCCUAUGGAGCUGACAGUAACUUCUACCUCAGAUGAAGUACGAUUGAAAAAAAUUGGUGACUCUCCAAUUAAGCGAAGGCCUACAGUGACUCCUGGUGUAACAGGACUGAGAAAUUUGGGUAAUACAUGCUAUAUGAACUCUAUUCUACAAGUAUUGAGUCAUUUGCUUAUUUUUCGGGAAUGUUUUUUAAAGCUUGAUCUGAACCAAACUCAAGAAUUGCUGGCAACAGCAACCAGUGGAAAAACAAGAUCCUCUACUAAACACCCUCCAAUUACUGGUUCUGCAUUUUGUUUGAAUGAGAACCAAGUAAAGUUAAAAGGAUCAUCGUCUAUGAGACGACCUAGUUUAUCAUCCGGACUAAGUGGAGGGGCAUCAAAAAGUAGAAAUAUGGAACUUAUUCAGUCCAGGGAGCCAAGCUCAAAGCACAUUUCUCUAUGUCAUGAGCUACAUACUCUGUUCCAAGUUAUGUGGUCUGGCAAGUGGGCAUUGGUGUCUCCUUUUGCCAUGCUCCAUUCUGUGUGGCGACUAAUCCCGGCCUUCCGAGGUUAUGCCCAACAAGAUGCUCAGGAAUUCCUCUGUGAACUUUUGGAUAAAGUACAGCAAGAACUGGAAACAACUGGGACCAGAUACCCAGCUCUCAUCCCCACUUCUCAAAGGAAACUUAUCAAACAGGUUCUGAAUGUGGUCAAUACCAUUUUUCACGGACAGCUUUUAAGUCAGGUGCAGAAAAGGCAAAUAUGGAUCUACCUGUCUGAUAUAGUGACAGUGAUUAACAGACUUCUAACUAUGAUUACCAAAAAGAUAACACGACUCACUGAAACAGGAUUGACAUCUGUUAAAAGGCUUUUUGAAUUAACUUGUUACACAGUUACAUGUCUUGCGUGUGACAAUAAGUCAAAUACAAUAGAACCCUUCUGGGACCUGUCGCUGGAAUUUCCUGAGAGGUAUCAUUGCAAUGGGAAGGAGAUGGCUUUUCAGUAUCCAUGCCUACUUACAGAAAUGUUGGCCAAGUUUACAGAGACGGAAGCUUUAGAAGGAAAGAUAUAUGCAUGUGAUCAAUGCAACAGUGAGUAAAGGCAGUAUGUACUCAUGCAUAAGUUCCUCACAUAAAAUAUACAUUAAUAUAGGCACUGAAAAAUAAAAACAGCAAUUAAAGGGAAAGCAAUACAAAUUUUAAAAGCAUCUGUCAUAUAUAGACAAAUUCGCAACCUUGAAAAAUGAGUCAGACCCUGAAAGCUGAUCUCCUACUGUGAAAUCUGAUGUUCUGUUGUACUUUUACCCUAUACUAUGCAUAUUUCACAGGGAGAGACCAAGAUGUCUCAAUUUGGGGAUACUGACCCAAGUGUGUUGUGGGGGUCCCACAAGAUUAUGGGGGUGAUGGUAAUGCCACCCUCACUGUCGUCAAAGCUAGGUGGCUUUAGAGUGGCAGCUGCUGACUGAGGGCCCAGUUCCGCAAGCAGAACAGAAGUAAAGGUGGCAAUACCACACCAUACGUUCCUUACUUCUGUUCUGCUGCUGGGGGCAGCUCUGCCUUUAGAGCUCGGGGCCCAGUCAGCAGCCACUGCUCUCCAGCUGCCCAUCUCUGAAGUAACAUCAGAAGUAAGGGUACCAGUACCGCAAUUCCUCCCUCCCCCUGAAUAACCUUGUGACCCCUACCUCCAAAAACUCCUUUUUGGGUCAGGACACCUGCAAUUAGUUUCAGAUGUAAAUAGCUGAAAUAAUUAAAAUCACAAUUUUUAAAAUCCUGUGAUUGUGAAAUCCAUCAAAAUAGACCAUGGAUUUUUUUAUAGCUCUAGUCAUAUAAAUAAAGCAUAAGACUUUAACACAAGACCAUUUAUUUAAUAGUGAAAGGAAAUAAUCUGAAGAUCUAUUUUUCUAUACUAAGUGCAUCAAAAGUGGGCUUGAAAGUAAGUUUAAGAUCUCAGAUUAGGUCAUUUUACAAUAGAAGAUGGUCUCCAAGAAGAGGGGAAAAAUCUGUUAAAAUAAGUCUGACAGUUUGGUCCUGAUGAAAAUAGAUGAACUGCUGUACAUAUUUUCCAACAUUCAUCUGAAUAAUCCAGAGGUAUAUCAGAAAAGCAUUUUGUAUGCCCAAUAAUCAUAAAAUAAUCCUUACUGAUUGGAUUCCAAAAUACAUCAUCAGUUUAAUAAGAAAGUAACAUGGGAUAGUGAAUGUUACUGUAUCUAAAUACUUAAAAUCCUGGGGUCAAAUCUUAAAAUGACAAACAGUUUUCAAAACUAUUCAAGGGUGCUUUAUGCUAGUGGUGGGUUUUUUUAAAUUUAGCGCUUAAUUCAUGUGUGUGUGUUCGA